GCCCUAUCCCUUUAUUGCGUAGACAGCAGGGACAAAAACCCAAUUAGUAGAAGGGUUUGUCUGGAGAAGAGAAAGAAACAUGGGUUCUUUGUUUACUUCUUGGAGCUGCAGUUUCCUCGUCUACGUUUUGCUAGUUUCCCAGUACGCCCCCACCCAUAGCUGGAAUUUCCAAAGCAUGCCUAAACAAGUACUACAUGCGCAUGGUGAACGUCCAUCAUCCUCCAUGGACCCUUCCCUCAAUGUUUUCUUCACAAAGAACGACCUAAGACUAGGAAAAAGAAUUCCCAUCUAUUUCUCAUCAAAAGACCUUUCCACCUCCCCUCGUCUGCUUCCCAGAGAGGAAUCCAAUUCGAUCCCUUUCUCACUCUCCCAACUCCCGGAGCUCUUGGAUUUCUUCUCCUUCCCCAAACAGUCCCCGCAAGCCAAGGCCAUGGAGUACACUCUCUCCCAGUGCAAGUCGGAUCCCCUCGCGGGGGAAACCAAAUUCUGCGCCGAUUCCCUCGAAUCCAUGCUCGAUUCCGCCCAGGGCUUCUUCGGAGCGGAAACCGAAUUCCGUGUCCUGACCACCAAGUACCUGUCCGAGCACACCGCCCUCCUGCAAAACUACACCGUUUUGGAGGUCCCAAGGAAGGUGGAAACCCCGAAAAUGGUGGCGUGCCAUUCAAUGCCUUACCCUUACGCGGUGUUCUACUGCCACGGCCAGGAGGGCGGCCGCGAGCUGUUCGAGCUGUCGCUGGGGGGCGACAACGGAGAGAGGGUGGAAGCUGUGGGCGUUUGCCACGCGGACACGUCUCGCUGGGACCCGGACCACGCGGCGUUUCGCGUGCUCAGGACGCGGCCGGGAGAGUCUCCGGUGUGCCAUUUCUUCCCUGCUGAUAAUGUCAUUUGGGUUGCAUCUCCUACCGUUAUCAAGUUGGUUUUCUGAGUAUUGAUUUCAUGCUCAUGUCAAAACUCAAAACCCUAGUUCUGCAGACUGUAUUGAAGCGCAGGAGGGUAAAAUAAAUAAAUAAAUAAAUUGCAGGAGGGUCACAUGGCCUUCCCGUGCCUAAGGUAGAUUUGCUCCUGCCUACAGUCUAGUAAUCUAGGUGUGCUUGCAUAUGAAGUGAAGUGCUAAUCUAAUGUAUGAAAAAUGGGCACGUAUUGUGAUAUGAUUGUCUCAUUUCAAUACUACUUGUUUUAAUA